AUGAAGGGGAUGAAAGGAAAAUUGCUGAAGAAGCUCAAAUCAAUCAAACCAAUCGUAUCUCUGAAGAAAGAUCGAGUUCUUCAGGUGAUGGCCUCAGAUGGGUAUAUUGAUUUUUUCCCAAAGAUUUCAACUUUCAAUCUACAGUCCCCCUUUGUUUCCCGAGAAAAUGAGCCCAAGAAAAUUGUCCAGGAGGAACCUGAGGUAAUUGAGGUGUCAGAGCUCAUGAGAGACCUAGAGCAAGAUCAAGAAGAAGAAGAAGAAGAAGAAGACAUGGAUUUGGAUGAUUACAAUGACAACAAAGAGAACAUUGGGCCAUGUUCACUGAAAUCAAAACACCAACUUGGCCACAAAGGUAUAUCAGAAAACCGGGUCAGACUCAGAGAAGAAACAGAGUCAAAACAGAGUGGAAUUUUGAAGGAAAAAAUAUCAUCACCGACACCAAGAGCUGAUAGUGACAGCAACACGUCGGAAACUGACAUCUUGUCUUUCCGGCGGCCGGAUUUAAAUUCCGGCAGCCUAUUCGAUCCAAAUCUGCUGGCUGCAUUCGAGGAAGCUGUGAAGGAACAUGCAAGAAUCACAGACGAACAGAGAAGAGCCAGGGUUGAAGAAGAGCCCUCACAGAAAGAAAAAGAUAAUAAUGAUGAUGACAAUGAUGAUGAUGAUAGUGGUGGUGACCCUUUGGUGUUCUUUGAAGAGAAGUGUCCACCAGGGGGUGAUGGAACUGUGAUUUUCUACACAACAACUCUUACCGGAAUCAGGAAGACAUUUGAAGACUGCAACAAAAUUCGUUUCCUCCUUCAGAGUUUUAGGGUUCUUUAUUUAGAGAGGGACAUAUCAAUGCACAAAGAGUACAGGGAUGAGUUGUGGAGCACUAUGGAUGGGAAAACAUUGCCACCAAGGCUUUUUGUUAAGGGAAGAUACAUAGGUGGAGCUGAAGAAGUUCUGAGUUUGCAUGAGCAGGGAAAGCUGAGAAAACUCUUUGAUGGGGUUCCAAUGGAUUGGUUCAAUGGUCCAUGUGAUGCAUGUGGUGGUAUAAGGUUUGUGCUGUGCUUCAAAUGUAAUGGCAGCCACAAGGUCAUUGCAGAAAAUAAAGAGACCAAUCAGUGCCCACAGUGUAAUGAGAAUGGCUUGAUUGUAUGUCCCUAUUGCUGCUAG